AUGUCGAUACUUAUUACCGGAGCCAGCGGCUACGUCGGCCAGGAAUUGGCUGCGUCGCUUCUUUCAAAUUUACCUGAUGCCUCAGUGAUCUUGACAGACGUGGUGGCACCCAGUCUACCGGCAUCUGCCGCUCAACAUGCCUCCCGUGCGAAGAGCGUCCAGGCCGACCUCACAUCGACCAAAGUGAUUGAUGAAUUGAUCAACGAGAGCAACCGAUUCGAUACUGUUUAUCUUCUCCACGGGAUCAUGUCUAGUGGCUCCGAGGCGAAUUUCGAGCUGGGAAUCCGCGUCAACCUAGACGCAACACGGUAUAUCCUGGAUCGACUACGCAUUACGAUGCCUGGUGUUAAGGUGGUGUUUACAUCCUCCCUGGCUGUGUAUGGCCGCGCACCGGCGGGUCUGGUCAUCGAUGAGACCAACUUCCCUCCCGUGCCGUCUUCUUCCUAUGGAUCGCAGAAACUGAUCGUGGAGACCUUGCUGAACGAUUACUCGAGACGAGGAUUCUUGGACGGCCGGGCUGUUCGAUUGCCAACGGUGACAGUGCGAGCUGGGAAGCCUACUCAGGCUGCUAGCAGUUUUGCCAGCGACAUCAUCCGAGAACCGUUCAAUGGAAAGAAGGCUGUCUUGCCAGUCGAAAAAUCGGUUGAAAUGUGGAUCUGUUCGCCGUACACGGUAGUCAAGAACCUGCUGCACGCUCGGACGAUUCCAAAGGAGGCAUUCGGGGAGUCGAGGUCGGUCAAUCUUCCCGGAUUGAAGGUCAGUAUCCAGGAAAUGCUGGAUGCAUUGGAGCAAAUCGGGGGAUUGGAGCGACGGGGUUUGGUGGAGGAGAAGUACGAUGUAGGUAUCGAUCGGAUCGUUCAGACGUGGACUCCUGAUUUUGAGACGGCGCGUGCGUUGAAGCUGGGGUUCUCGGAGGAUAUUUCCAUGCAGGCUCUCCGGAGUCGCCAGGCUAUUAACGCCAUCAAGCCGGUGCGACGGGGUUUUGCUUCGCCGGUUUCCCUGCCCUCCACCACCCAGUCCACCACUCUCCCCAACGGCUUCACGAUUGCGACUGAGCACUCGCCAUGGGCUCAGACCUCGACCGUUGGUGUGUGGAUCGAUGCCGGUAGCCGGGCAGAGACCGACAAGACGAACGGAACUGCGCACUUCCUUGAGCACCUUGCUUUCAAGGGUACCAACAAGAGAUCCCAGCAUCAAUUAGAACUCGAAAUUGAGAACAUGGGUGCGCACCUUAACGCCUACACAUCGCGAGAAAAUACCGUCUACUACGCCAAGUCUUUCAACAGCGACGUCCCCAAGUCCGUCGACAUCCUCGCAGACAUUCUCCAGAAUUCGAAGUUGGAACCCGGUGCCAUUGAGCGUGAAAGGGAUGUGAUCCUCCGUGAGCAAGAGGAGGUUGAUAAGCAGCUCGAGGAAGUUGUCUUCGACCACCUUCACGCCACCGCUUUCCAGGGCCAGCCCCUUGGUCGUACAAUCCUCGGUCCCAAGGAGAACAUUCAGACCAUCUCCCGGGACAGCUUGGUCGAUUACAUCAAGACCAACUACACCGCUGACCGCAUGGUCCUCGUCGGCGCUGGUGGUGUUCCUCACGAGCAGCUUGUCAGACUUGCCGAGGAGCACUUUGGUGGCCUCCCCAACAAGCCUCUGACCUCUGCUGCCCAGGCCCUCCAGGCUGAGCAGAAGCGCGCCCCCGAGUUCAUUGGCUCCGAAGUCAGACUCCGUGAUGAUACCCUCCCCUCUGCCCACAUUGCCCUUGCCGUCGAAGGUGUGAGCUGGAAGGACGAUGAUUACUUCACCGGUCUGGUUGCUCAGGCUAUCAUUGGCAACUGGGACCGUGCCAUGGGUAACUCUCCCUACCUCGGCAGCAAGCUCAGCUCUCUGGUCAACUACCAGGGCCUUGCCAACAGCUUCAUGAGUUUCUCCACUAGCUACAGCGACACCGGUCUCUGGGGUAUCUACCUUGUUUCCGACAACCUGACUCGUCUCGACGACCUCAUUCACUUCACUCUCCGUGAGUGGACCCGUCUGUGCUUCAACGUCAAUGCCGCCGAGGUUGAGCGUGCCAAGGCUCAGCUCAAGGCCUCUAUGCUCCUCUCUCUUGACGGCACCACUGCCGUUGCUGAGGACAUUGGCCGCCAGAUCAUCACCACUGGCCGCCGCUUCUCGCCCGAGGACAUUGAGCGUACCAUCGGUCAGAUCACCGAGAAGGACGUUAUGGAGUUUGCCAACCGCAAGCUCUGGGACCAGGAUGUCGCCAUGAGUGCUGUCGGCAGUGUUGAGGGUAUCCUUGACUACCAGAGAAUCCGCAACGACAUGACCCGGAUGACCCUGUAA